AUGCCUCUUUUAGACAAUUUUAUCGCUCUUUAUUUUACCCUUAUAACAUUCUUCAACGACAGAUAUUGUGUAUGUCAAAUUGAUGUAACAAAUGUAACAACAGUAUCAUCAUCCAAAAUGCUCUGUAAAUAUUUUACAAACAAUAAUCAUCUUCGUUGUCAACAUGUAGCAUUAAAACAAGCUAAUUUAUCAAUUAAUCUUCAUCCAAAUUAUACAACAAUAUCCGAAUUUGAAUGGAUCGAAUCAGACGCAUAUUCAUUAAACACAUUAGCCAAACAAAAUUUAUUUCUCGAUAUGUCAUUUUUAAAAAUUCUCUCAUUACAAUCGAAUGCAUUGACAAAUCUAUCAUCUUUUUGGUGGUUACAGAUAACGAGAAAUUUAACACAUUUAGAUCUUUCUCAUAAUCGUUUAACAUCGUUACGAUUCGAACAAUUUAAUGGAUUUCAUUUUCUUGAAUAUUUGAAUGUAUCUUACAAUCAUUUACAAUAUAUUGAAACCGUAUGGAAUAUUCUUUCAUCUCUUCAUACUAUUGAUCUGUCAUUUAAUUCUAUUAAUUCAAUAGUGACAGGGAAAAAAGCGAUAGCAAAAUGUGUAAUGGAAAACUUUUAUUUGAAUGAUAAUGCUCUGUUAUAUUUAUCAGAAAUUUAUAAUACAACAAUUGACUCUUGUCCAUAUCUAAGUGAAUUUGUUUUAACAAAUAACUAUUGGCAUUGUAAUUGUAACGAUAUUAUGUAUAGUUUAAGAUAUUACAGAAAUCUAUUUGGUGAUAAAAGUAUCAGUGGACAAUGUCGAACACCAAAUUCAAUGUACGGAGUAGAUAUAAGAAAAAUAAGUGAAGAUAUUGUUUGUCAUGAUAAUCAUCGGCCAUCAAUGAUUGUUGUCGAAGAUUCAACAUCAGAAGAACAUGCACAUUAUUCAUUAUUGUACGUCUUUUUAACAGGUAUAUUAAUUGGAUUAUGUAUCGGUUUAUGUAUUCAUUAUUUGGCUCAUCGAUGUCGUGAAACAUUGUCUCAUUCAUGGAAAACACGAGCAAUAUUAAGACGAAAACAUCUGACACAACAACAAUUCCAUUUAAGAACAAUUUCAAAUGAGAACACAAGGCAAAAUAAUAAUUAUCAUCAACGAAAUUUAAUUUAUUGUCCACCGCAAACAAUUUAUGACGAUACAUUACCAUCAUAUAAUCAAGUAAUGAAUGAAAUAUUUUAUUUAGAUUCAAAUCGAAAUCGAAAUGAAUUAGAUGAAGGAGAUUGCUAG